CAGGACCUUCAUCGAUACAUUGGCUAUUUUCGUUUUUGGAGUCGUCGCCACUCGGACGCGAUAGCUUCUGCCACGUCCACGCGCGGAAUCUGUCACCGAAUUAAAUUAGCUCGUGACGCACGAUGCACUGGCACUGGCAUGCGGUGCCUCAUGACCACUGGGGAGGCUAUAUAUGGCCGCACGUUUGCCACCAUGGUUCUUCGCGCUUUCGCUGUCGCGGCGCUGCUGGCCUCGACAUACGCCGCAAGUGUCCCCAGCCCGCAGGAGAGAUGCGGUGGUGCUGCACAACCGUCGUGCAAUCGGGCGGUGCCACGCGCCACGGUCUGCAAUGGGCAUGCCCAGCUCUGCGGGCGAAGCUACGGGAAUGUCACCUUCAUGGGCUCCCAUGACUCGGCUUUUUUCAGCAGCGACCCGUUUGCGCUUGCCCGCGACCAGGAGGUCGACAUCCCCACGCAGCUGGGGCUGGGGGUGCGCAUGCUGCAAUCUCAGGCGCACAUGAACGGUGGUGUAAUCCAUUUCUGCCACACCAGCUGUGCGCUGUUCGACGGAGGCACAGUGCUUGCAUACCUACAAACAGUCAAGUCUUGGCUCGACGCGAAUCCCAACGAGGUGCUCACUCUCCUCUUCACAAACCCCGAGGGGCUGUCGAUUCCCAACGUAUGGGCGCCGGCGUUUGUCCAGUCAGGAACUGUAGGUAUUGCGAGCAUUGCCUUCGUACCGCCACAGAACCCGAUGCCUCAGUCUGCCUGGCCGACGUUGGGCAGCAUGAUUGAUUCGGGCAAGCGCGUCGUCAUAUUCCUCGAUGCGGGAGCGGAUGGCAGCGACGGCACACCCGUCAAUUACAUCCUCCCGGAGUUUACUCAAAUCUGGGAGACACCCUUUGACAGCACCAACGCGGCCUUCCCGUGCUCCGUCGACCGCAUCGACACCAGCAAGCUCUCCGUUGCGGACCACAUGUACAUCAUCAACCAUUUCCUCGACAUCGACAUAUUCGGGAUCCUGCUCAGCGACCCCGAAGAGGCGGGGACGACGAACGGAGUAUCUUCAAUUGUUGCGGACGCGCACGGCUGUGUGCCACUGUCCCAGGCGAACCGCCUCCCGAAUUUUGUGCUGCUUGAUUUCGUCAACUUAGGAACGGGGAUGGCGGCGAUCAAUCAGUUGAAUGGGGUGUCUUGA